GAUCAUGUGUGGAUUUUUGAAGAGGAAAAUCCAGGACUGCUUGGGAGGGCGAGGAAACCACGAGACCAGACUAGUGUCCAAAGGGGGUAACUGCAACACUGAAUAUGGAAACAUCAAGUACAGCAAACACUUUGCCUUCAUGGCUGACUUCUGGACCACAGUUACAGAAAGCCAGUGGCGUGUUGUUCUGUUAACCGUCUUCGCCUCUUUCACCCUCAGCUGGUUUUUCUUUGCCUUGCUGUGGUACUGGGUUGCUCACACCAAUGGAGACCUUGUAUGGCAAAACCCCCCAGCAGACCACAUCCCAUGUGUGGUCAAUGUUUUCGGACUCACUUCAGCAUUCCUCUUUUCCCUUGAAACCCAGACAUCUCUUGGGUAUGGUCUGCGGGCACCCAACCCUUACUGCCCAGGUGCUGUGACCCUUAUGAUCAUUCAGGUACCCUUUGGAUUUCUUCUCCACAGCUUCCUAACUGGAGUCAUCAUUGCCAAAAUCUCUUUACCUAAACGCAGGGGAAAGACCAUCAAAUUUAGCAAGAUGGCUGUCAUCAGUCCCAAAAAUGGUUCUCUUUGCCUGUCAGUGAGAGUGGCCAACCUGCGCAAGUCCCUGAUGGUAGGAAGCCAGAUCUAUGGCAAGCUGCUGAGAAUGACAAAUGCACCAGAUGGGGAGGCAAUCAUCAUAGACCAAGUGAACAUUGACUUCAUGGUGGAGUCUGGGAAAGACAACCUCUUCUUCAUAUGUCCUCUUACAAUCUACCACGUCAUCAACAAGAGCAGCCCUUUUUUUGAGAUGGCAGUGGACACACUCCAGAAUCAAGAGUUUGAGCUGGUCGUCUUCCUAGACAGUACAGCUGAAUCCACCAGUUCAUCCUGCCAAGUGCGUACCUCUUUUACUCCUCGGGAGAUCAUGUGGGGCUAUGAUUUCUUGCCCAUCAUCGCCAAAAGCAAGGAAGGCAAGUACAAAGUAGAUUUUACCAACUUCUCCAAGGUUGUGCCUGUGUCCACUGCACACUGUGCCAGCUGUUUCUAUAACAUCAGCGGUCAUCAUCACCACUCCAGAGAUGGAUAUGACAACCGGGGCUUUGAAGUGAUUGAAAUGAGUGAACCAUCAAGUGUCACCAAUAUGUGACAUGGUGGACUGUAAAUCAUAAUAAGUUUGUUGAGCUUAGAAAUGUACAGUUCCACUGUUGCCUUAAUAGUUUGCGUUAACCGAACAUAAGUUGAACUGUUAUUUCACAUGAAGAACCAUAACUACAGCUGCUGAAGCCAUUUUGUGCCAAAAUCAGGACAAAGACAUCAUCCGAGGCUGUCAUCACUGACUUUAUUUAAUUAUAAAUGUAAGGGAGUAGGUUUUUUUCAUGUCUGUUUUUUUCAAACCACAAAAAGAAGACUCUCUGUUGUAGAGUUUUGACUUAACAAACAAUGCAUGCUGGGAAGUUUGUUAGUGUUGUUUCUUUAAAAGCUUAAUUUAACGAACUGAGUGAACUCUCAACAGUGCAUUAAUUUAACUCAUGAUUUAAAUCUAAUGACCCCAAGUUGCAAUAACUCAUGUUAGUAAGUUCUAAAGUGGUCUUGAAAAAACAAAACAUUAUACAUUGAAUUAACCUGAAAUGAACAAACCUGACAUAUUUAGUUGAUUCCACCAAAAUCCUUUAUAUAAUUUGUGGAGACACCAAUUAACAAUGUACAUUGGAAACUAAGGUUGUCUGGGGCUUGUAUCUCAACCACAAAGCAGUUAAACA